CUCUUGCGGGUCGGUGAGUGUAAUGGGGACUUUGCAAUUUUUCUCAAUCAGUUGUCGCCGCGGACUGAGGAGUGACCUGGAAUUGGGAGACAUGGCGACCCAGGGAGCCACUCCAGGCAGCCAGUCAGAGGAGAGCAGCGCUUUGGACUUGCCGCCAGUUGAUGACAUAAGAGAUUACGUGCUGCAGAGACCCCACCAGGAGGCCCACAGCGAGGCUUUUAGUUCUGUGGAAGCCCUUUCUCUUCCUGGCUCUUCUGAUGUGGAUUCAGUGGCACCUCUCUGAGGAAUGAUCCAUUGUCUGGGGUAGAAAACAUCUAUCUAAGCACAACUGUGGGGCGAGACUUCAAAGGACAAGCUCCCUAGUGUAACCACCACACGGGGCUGUUUCCUGGAGGCCUUUUUGUCUGAGUCCCUUUCUAAUCUCUGUCCAGCUGCAUUCAGAGGCUCAACAGGGAGAGGGUGGAAUUGUUUUUUGUUUUGUUCUUUUAAAACUUCAGAAAGUAGCUGUGUGAGCCUGUUAUAUGUUAUAGGUAACAGGGACUUUAGACUUUAGUAUUCCUUGUAUGAAGUAUAUUCUGCAUUUGGGGAACAACUUUUCUACAAGUUUCCCUGGCUGAAUUGCCAAAAAGUCCAUUAUGUAAGCUUAAUGAUGAUUCCUUGACAUAUUAGUGACCAUCCCCGGUUGCAAAGCCCUUGUCUUCCCCAAUUCAUGCCUGGUCCAGACCUGGAGGUCCACGGACCUGGACUCAAAGCUCUGCCACUUACUGGCUAUGGGACUUGGGGGACAUUUCCUAACAGCUCUGAGCUCUGUAUACUUGACAUCAUCACUUGGACUUCUGUCAGACUUCUUAAAUUUGAUAUAUCCUAAACCAGAUUGCUAAUUCCUCUCCCUCCUCCCCAGUUCCUUCCCCCUCAUAUUCUGUGAGGCUUUCUCAUCUCAGAAAAGCACUUUUAUCCAUCUGUUCACUUAGCCCCAAACCUAGAAGUCCUUGUCAACCUCUCUGACAUCCGGUCCCUUACUGUCAGCUCCACCAAAUAAAUCUAGAAUCUAAACAGUUUUGCCAUCUCCACGGCCACCACCCUGGUAUGAGCCACUCUUGUCUGUCUUCUGGAUUAUCGUUGAGUCUCCUGACCACUCUUUCCAUACCUGUCCUGUCCUCCUACCAUCUCUUCUCAGCAGAGCCAC